AUGCCGCCACACAAAACCACACCGAGCACAGAUAUAUACGGUCCUGGGACUUUCAUGGAUACGGAUUUUACUCCAAUUCCCAAAGAUGCUGCUCGGAUUUUUGAGUAUAUUGCAAAGAGCACUCCUGGGUUCACUCAAGACAAAGAGCUUUGGGAUACAGUCAAGUUUGAAGGUAGCUCGCUACCAAUUAUUCCUGGCCCAAUCAAGGCCCCUCCCAUUGCAGCUUCUCUACAUGCCAUGUGUGGAGUUGUAGCCCACGAAAUUAUCGAAGAUCGUGACGGCACAUCCGCGCGUACCCAGCAGGUCACUGUCAACACCGAUCAUGCUGGUAUCUGGUUGGGAACUAUUUUUGCAGCUUCUGUGGAAGGGAAAGACUUGCCUGGGCUGGUCAGGUCGCGUCAGCUGCCAGCUCUUUUCCAGCAGGAUUUCGAGCGAGGCUGUAUGUCAACCCCGGUAAAACAACGAACUACUGCUCUCUACAAGACAAAGACUCCGGGUGUUUGGUAUCAGCUUCAUGGUUCCCUUGAUCCCACACCGGUCCUCAAAUCGAUGGGAAUUGAUCCUGAUUAUCCUGCCCAGACUUUAGAUGAAGCUUAUGACUACAUCAGCAAGCAUGUGGAGCAAUGGACCGCAGACGAGUUGGAAAUGCAUAACGUCAAGAACGGGUUUUGCGGUAGCAUCUGCUUUACCCCCCAAGGAUGGUCAGACACGGCGAUGGGAAAGAGUCUUGCGAAUCACCCUCUAGUCGGCUACUCUCGACAGUCGCAUGCAAUUCCGACUCCUCCAACCCCCUUCCCCAAUAUCUCGGACGAUAAGCGACCCUUGGCAGGUAUCAAAGUGGUUGAGCUAGUUCGCAUCAUUGCUGGUCCUAUCAUUGGAAAUACUCUCGCCGCUUUCGGUGCCGAUGUCAUUCGCGUGAACUGUAGCCGCCUAGUAGACCUGAACGCUUUGCAACUUACCCUGAACACAGGGAAACGCACUAUCGAUAUUGAUUUGACCAAGGACGAAGACCAGUCACGAUUGCGGGCACUCAUUGAGGGUGCUGAUGUUUUUGUUCAAGGCUUCCGCCCCAAUACGAUCGCGAAGAAGGGCUUCGGCGUCAACGAUCUCCUUGAGAUGGCCGGCAACCGUGGUAAGGGGAUAGUAUACGUUGAGGAAAACUGUUACGGCCCUGACGGGCUGUACCAUGAAAGACCCGGCUGGCAGCAGAUUGGAGAUGCCGCCUCAGGGUCGUCAUACGUGAUGGGCCGGUCUUUGGGUUUCAAGGAUGGCACCAGCGUUCUUCCACCGCUUCCAAUCUCCGAUAUGACCACUGGCCUUGUGGGCGCAUUGGGGGCUUUGAUGGCCCUCCGGGAUCGGGCUCGACAUGGCGGCUCAUAUCGUGUGACAAGUUCCUUGGUGAAGUCUGAUGCGAUUGCACUAGAGCCUGAGAUCGGUCUUUACUCGCCGGAGGUUGUUGAACAGAGCAAUCAGUUGUUCAAAUGGGGUUCCAUCAACCCCUCCUUUUUUGUGAUAGAGAUCCUUCUCGUUGUCAUGGAUGGAUGGAAGAGGUUUCCAAGGUGGGCCAUGGGGCCAUAUGGAAACCCUUAA